UAUAUUUAAGCCGAUGCUAUCGCAGGCGUAGUCCAGUGUGGUCACAGUUGGAUUUCAAUCACAAUCAAAAUGGCUAAAUUUCUUCAAAUUACGUUCAUCGUGGCUAUGUUGGUGGCCGUGGCCUUAGCUCAACGUGGCGGCUUCGGUGGCCAAGGUGGCUUCGGAGGUGGCCCAGGAGGCUUCGGGGGUGGCCAAGGAGGCUUUGGAGGUGGCCAAGGAGGCUUUGGACAACAAGGGGGCUUCGGAGGUGGUCAAGGGGGCUUCGGACGUGGCCAAAGGGGCUUUGGACAAGGAGGGUUUGGAGGUGGCCAAGGGGGCUUCGGAGGUGGCCAAGGGGGCUUCGGAGGUGGCCAAGGAGGUUUUGGACAACAAGGGGGCUUUGGAGGUGGCCGAGGGGGAUAUGGACAAGGCGGUUUUGGCCGCCGCUAACCUGAUUAAUAUUACCGACGAAUGGGAUUGCUAAGCUAGGUACUUGAGCUGUGAGAUAUUUUGUUACUAAUAUAAGUUUUAUUACAAAAA